UCUGCCAUCGAUGCGCAUAGCAAUAAAAUAAUAAGAACAAAUCAACUCCACGUCUAGUAGUCAAACGUUCCCAUUUAGUAUUAGAACGCCAACAGAAUGGUUCAAAAAAGAUUCGAAAACAAGCUGCUGUCGCUGCUGCUGCUGAUCGCGUGCCUCUCCAUCUGCCACUGCAGACCCUCGGAAGAUGCGACAAACCUGUCAAAGGUGGACCCCAGCGAGUAUCCAGGGAAUCUGCCACCAGAGACCAUACUGAAGGUGCAGCAGUGCGAAAAGGACCAGGCCACCAUGGAGCUAUGCAUGCGCUGCGCCAAGAUCACCAAAUCGGAGAUCAUCUAUCCCAUGUGCUGCAACAACGAUGACGACAUCAAGGUCUGGUGCCACGAAUACGUCUACUAUAACAACGAAGAAGGCUAUUGAGGGAGGAAAGGGUUUUGGUUCUAAUGGCCCAGGUCUGGUGAUCAGGUAUCACCUAUAUAUCACCUAGCAUACUUACUUGCCCAAAUCCAUUUGAAAUUCCUUGCAUACCGCUAUCAAUGCGGGUCUAUUGGCUGUGAUAUUUAAGGCAAUAUUAAAGUUUAUACUUACCCAAACUAUUUUGUAACUAGAAAUAAACAAA